AUGCCCCCCGUCGUUAAACAGCAACGUCCUCCCCUCCCCGUAGACCAUGCAAACCCUCAAAUCAGAAACAUUGAUCUCUCCAAGCCACCCCCGGUCAAGUUCCAGGAGAUUGUGCGCGAUGAGCAGAUCACUAUUGUAGGCAGGCUCAAGAUCAACACGCCCCUGGGUCAUGCCUUCAUCCUUCGUCGCCUAGACACCGGCGCGAUAAGCCUCACUACCAUGUUCCGCGCUGCUUUCCCCACUGCCAACGAGGACGCCGAGAAGGCAGAAGCGGCCUGGGUCAAGGCCAAUUUCGACAUCGCUGGUGCGAACAAGGCUGGACGCUCUCGUUUUGCUGGAACGUGGGUCAGCCCCGAAGUCGCUGUGACUCUUGCAGCCGACUACAAUCUGUCCGCUGUCAUAUCCGCCCUCGCGAAAGCACAACCCGACCCCAAUGUCGUCUAUCGCCGAUCCUCCAAGACACAGCAGCCAACGCCGGGCGCAUCCCCUGCUGCACGACCAGUAGCCGUGUCUCCCUCGCCUCGGGAGGCUGGCCCCGCCCCUGCCAAACGCCGCAGGGAAGCCUCGCCUGCAAAGUCCGUGUCCACUGAGUCCGGCGUGACUCUAGCUGCCUUAGCCGAUUCGACGGUCAGUGCUUCUCCUACUGUCGCUGCCAAGGCCCCUGCGCCCACGCCGCCGCCCUCCGUGGCACGCGCUGUGAGGUCGCCCACGCCGCGGCGGUCGGCUCGAUUGCACGACACCGGGACAAGCUUCGUGCAGUCACCCAUCGUGCCGAAGUCUCCCAGGAGCACGCGCUCGGCGAAGAAGACCCUCACCCCGACCGGCUCUGAGGACACAGUCGUCGACGAGGAGGGUGCCAAUGUCGCGCGGUUAGCGACGGACACUAUGGAGGACGACAUCCAAGAGCAAAAAGAACUGAUCGCGCGGCUGAAGGCCGAGCGCGAGCAGCAGGAAGUCGAACAAGCUGAGAAAGCAAACGGAGACACUGAGGGCGCUGAGGGCAUAGAUGCAGACAUGCAUGACGAGAUGUCCGGCUCUGAGCUUGCCGAGGAAGCCAAGGGGCAAAAACGGCCUCGAGACGAGUCUCCGCUCAAAUUUAACUUUUCUCAGUCGCAGGAGGAGGUUGGCGAGCGGGUGAUUGCCACAAACCGACGAGUUGGGUUGCUCGGAAACAUUCCCCCAGAGCGCAAGUCCUUUGCAUUCGGCUCAAUUGCGUUUGCGGCAGGAUUUGGUUUGAUGUCGCUCCUGCCCACUAUACAAACUUAUCUGUCUUUCUGA